GCAUUGACAAAGGACCUCUCAGGGAGCAUGGAAAGAGUUAAGAGGCAGCUGCAGCACUCCACAAGCUACAUCUGCAAGGUACAGCAGAGACAGGGGAAGGAAAACAAACCAAACUGAAGCCAUUCUUCCGCGCCCAGCCUCUUCUUCCUGUGAUGUCACACUACAAAUUGCCUGGGCGCUCUGCUCUGCUCUCCAGAAGGAGCUGGGCUGGCAGGAGCCGCCGAGGGCUGUGGGCUGCAGGAACAAACACGCUCUGGAAUUCGGUUUCUGCCCUGGCAAGCAGCUCCCUCCUGCUUCUGCUUCCCGCCCCAUGGGGCCGGCCAGCCGGCCGACAAACUUGUUGUACAGAAAGGAGGGAGAGGGGGAAAUGCAAGCGCCGACACUUCGCAGCGGCCAGGAAAUCGUUUCCUAAAGCACACGCUCCCAGAGAAAUCGGAUGGACGAGGCUUUGCCGUCCCAAUCUGCAGCCAAGAGUAAGGCAGAAAGUCCUACAAUGGCUUCAUUGAAUCGAGGCGGGAAAUGGAACUAAGCAAGCUGUGGGGUGACCUCAUCUGCCACAAAUGAUGCAUUUUCUGACUUUUGCAGACUGGCUAUGUGAUUACAAAUAGCGCUCGGCAGAGAAGAGAGACUUCCUGGUGAUUUCUGCUGGAGAUGUACUCCCCUGCCACAGGGCACAUCUGCCUUCCCUGAAGCUUCACAGCCUAACAAACUUGCCAAAGCACACCGUUCAAAUACAUCUGACCUGAAAGCUCUUCUGGAAUUUGAAAAAAGUUGCAAUAAAAAUAGCAGAGAAAACGCCAAAUCACAGGAAUUUUUGACAUACCAUUAUAAUGGUAAGCUCUAAUUGUUCCACUGAGGACUCCUUUAAAUAUACUUUGUAUGGGUGUAUCUUUAGCAUGGUGUUUGUGCUCGGCCUCAUAGCGAACUGUGUAGCGAUCUACAUUUUCACUUGUACUUUAAAAGUGCGAAACGAGACUACAACUUACAUGCUUAACUUAGCCAUAUCAGAUCUGCUUUUCGUGUUUACGUUACCCUUCAGGAUUUAUUACUUUGUAACCAGAAACUGGCCUUUUGGAGACAUCCUCUGCAAGAUUUCUGUCACCCUCUUUUAUACAAAUAUGUACGGGAGCAUUUUGUUUCUGACUUGCAUCAGCGUGGAUCGCUUCUUAGCCAUAGUACACCCCUUCCGAUCCAAGACUCUCCGGACCAAAAGGAAUGCAAAGAUUGUGUGUGUUGCAGUGUGGAUAACCGUGCUAGCAGGCAGCACACCAGCAAGCUUUUUCCAGUCCACAAACCGCCGGAACAAUACGGAGCAAAGGACGUGCUUCGAAAACUUCUCAGAGGACACGUGGAAAACCUACCUAUCCCGGAUUGUCAUCUUCAUUGAAACCGUGGGGUUUUUUAUCCCCCUCAUUCUGAACGUGACCUGCUCCACUAUGGUCCUCCGGACUCUGAAUAAACCGCUGACGUUAAGCCGGAAUAAAGUAAGCAAGAAAAAGACCUGGGUCAACUGCUCAGUGGUGACUGCAGUGAGGACUAUGUACCCCAUCACUCUGUGCAUCGCUGUUUCAAACUGCUGCUUUGACCCCAUAGUCUAUUACUUCACAUCAGAUACCAUUCAGAACUCCAUAAAAAAGAACCGGUCCACCAGACCACGGGACGUCAGAUUCUCUGAAAGGCCAGUUUCAGAAAGCUUCAUCCAACACAGCCUUCAGACCAUAAAAAUGAAAAUAUUUGACAGUGACUCUACAAUAUAAACUGUAUUAAAAGACUAUUGGGACUAAACUGGAAUUAGAAGCCUACACAUUUCUUCAGCUGUGGACGUAUAUUCUUAUAUGUAAAGGCUGUGUUUCCUUCACAGCUGAAAAGUUUAUUACAAGGCUGUAAAAGUGUUAAGCAUAAUAGCACACAGAAGAAGCAUUUGAAAAAAUUAUGUCAAAGGUCUGUUCUGACAGAUUGUAUGUUAGAAAUGAACUUUUGAGUUUAGAGGUUAACCAAAGUCCAAAGACUAUUUGUCAAGUCAAACACAAAUGAAAAAGUAGGUUGUUUUCUUCCUGAAGUUAAAACAGUUGCUCAAUUUAACAACGAUAUCAGUUUCCAAGUUACUGAGAAUGGGGGGUGAAGCUACCUGCUCUACACACUGCAGGAAAAUUGCCCCCUUUUUGUCAUAUCUUCAGCUACCGUGUCUUUUCCAGUUUCCUCUUGUCUCUCUUAUUCCUCCCCAACUGUGUUUUUCCCUACACCUUCCUUCUCAGGGACCAUUAAGUUCACAGGAG